CCCCUCCUUGCGUGGGGGGGGGGGUUGGUGAGCGAGUCUCCGGCACCAUGUCUGGUUCAUGCGGCCCACUCUCCUGGCGUGGCCGUGGCCCGUUGGCGUUGGUGUGUCUGUUCCUGCUCGUCCCCAGCUCGGUCCUGGCCAUCUCCUUCCAUCUGCCCAUUAACUCUCGCAAGUGUCUGCGCGAGGAGAUCCACAAGGACCUGCUGGUGACCGGCGCCUACGAGAUCACCGACCAGUCCGGGGGCGCCGGCGGCCUGCGCACCCACCUCAAGAUCACAGAUUCUGCUGGGCACAUUCUAUACUCCAAAGAGGAUGCAUCCAAAGGGAAGUUUGCCUUUACGACGGAAGAUUAUGAUAUGUUUGAAGUGUGUUUUGAGAGCAAGGGAACAGGGCGGAUACCUGACCAACUCGUGAUUCUAGACAUGAAACACGGAGUGGAGGCAAAAAAUUAUGAAGAGAUUGCAAAAGUCGAGAAACUCAAGCCAUUAGAGGUGGAGCUCCGACGCCUGGAAGACCUUUCAGAAUCCAUUGUUAAUGAUUUUGCCUAUAUGAAGAAGCGGGAGGAGGAGAUGCGGGACACCAAUGAGUCAACAAACACCCGAGUACUGUACUUCAGCAUCUUCUCAAUGUUCUGCCUCAUCGGACUAGCUACCUGGCAGGUCUUCUACUUGCGUCGCUUCUUCAAGGCCAAGAAGUUGAUUGAGUAAAGAGCCUGUCUCCGCUCCGUUGUAUUAGCCAGCAGAACAUCGCUGGGACAUGCCUGGCCUGGUCCAAGGCCCUCCUACCAACAGUACCAUCAAGGCACGGCAGAGCUUUCUUGCCAGACUGAUUUAUUUUGGUGUGGAGAACAUGGGGUAUCACCUGUACCCAACAAGUCAAUGGGGACUUCUUUUUAACUUGGUAGGAUUUGGACUAGUUUUGUAACAAGACUAUUAAAGUUACCUAUGGAGAAAAAAAACAAAUAGGGGUUACCUAGACAAUGCCAGAGCCAGCAGUGGUCCUGGGUUUCCUCGUGUGAUCUUUCUGAACUGUGCUUGCUUUCCUUCCCCUUGCGUUCACCAGCUGGGUCUGUCAUGCUAGUUCUGUGGCCGUGUUGCACUUGCCUCAUACUACUUUGUUCUCUGUGGGUGUCCUUGGGAAAACUCCCUGAACUUUCUCUUGGCCCUGAGCUGAAAUGUUUACAUAGCUUCUGGUGAUGUGCUAUCGUUUCAUAAUUUUAUGUCUUGUAAAAGGGUCAUGGAUGGGAUACUUCAUAAAAGUGAGCUUUGAACUGUAGAUAAACUCUAAAAGGAAAAUCUCAUUUUAGACAAUUAAAGUGCUGCGCUCAACUGCUUGAACUUUGUGUAUGUGCAUUUAGUUCUGUACAGUAUGAUCACGUGUGACUCAAUGUGACCAUUGCAGGAUACAGUGCACGUCCAUUUCAUGGGCUCUUCGUGCUGACUUUUUUUUAUGGUCCUAGCCACUCCCUUCUUUACUUUCCCCUGUACCUCAACCUCUGGCUACCACUAAUCUGUUCAUCAUUUCUAUAAUUUUGACAUUUCAAAAAUAGAAUCAUAGCUAGGGCAUGGUGGCACACACUUUAAUCCCAGCAUUCAGGAGGCAGAAGUAGGAGGAUUGUUGUGAGUUCAAGGCCACCCUGAGACGACAUAGUGAAUUCCAGGUCAGCCUGGACUAGAGUGAAACUACUUCGAAAAAAAACAAAAACAAAAAAAAAAACCAUAAACAAUAUAGCCUUUUCAUAGUGACUUUUUACUCAGCAUAAUUCUCAUGAAAUCCCCAUCUAAGUUGUUACAUACCUCAGUAGUUUGUUUGUUUUUAUUGCUGAGUAAUGUUCCAUGGUUUAAUAUGUAAUGCCUUUACCAACAAAGGCCAUAGGGGUGGUUUGGGGGUUUGGGCCCUUAAUAAAGCUUCUGUAAACAUUCAUAUAUAGAGGUUCCUGUGUGGCCGUAAACUUUCAUCUCUCUGGGAUAAGCACCCAAAAGGGCAAUCGCUGUAUUCUGUGGCAAACACAUUUCGUCUUUGAAGAAGCGUCCCUGUCGCAGCCCCUGCGGUGUGUCCCUGGUCGGUAUCCUCACAGCCUCAUCAGCAGUUCUUGCUCUUGGUCUUCUACUUUAGCCAGUAGAGUAGGGCAUGUAGUAUCUCGGUAAACUUUCAUUUUCCUACUGGCUAACAGUGUUGAACACGUUUACCUAUGCUUGUCAUUUGCCAUUUGUACGCCUUCUUCAGUGAAAUGUCUAAGUUGCCCAUUUCCUAAUUGUUCUUUUUACUGUUGAGUUUGGCACCUUCCUUACACAUCCUUUAUAACUUCUCUUUCGGGUUUGUGGUUGCCUAAAUUCUUCAUAACUUCUACCAUGGAAAAGUAAGUCCAGUUUUCUAGCUCUUCAUGCAUGGAUAAUCACUGACUUAAUUCCUGUCCUCAUGUGUCAUCUCUAGAAGUUAAGACACACAUUGUUUAAAGUAGAACCACCUAGCAGGGCCGUGGGAAGGAGGAAUACAUGGAAAUACAUGUUGUGAAGGCAAAGCCAAGGAUCACAUGUGGGUGGGAGGUGCCUAAAUGCCAGGACUAAUGGACAGAAGAGAAAUGUGGGGUUGAGAUGUGGCUCCGGAGCAGAGCACUUGCUUAGCAUGUGCAAGGCCCUGGGUCUGAUUGAGAAAACAAGAAAUACAAAUACAAAUGAUAGUGUUCAAAAACAGCAAAAGUACUAACAUUUGAAAUCUUUCCACUUCUCCCAGGAAAGUCGGCAGGAGUUUAUCCUUUCUGUAAUCUCCUUUUAACCCUGCUGACUUUGCUGGACUGUCCUAAUUGCAGGGGUGAGAAUUACAGGACUUAGGCCCUGUACCACUUGCAGUCGAGAAGUAGAAUCCUGAAGUUAUCAGAGAACACCAUUGUGCUGACCUGGAUCAAGUCCAAAGGUGAAAGAGGGAGUGGUUUACAUUGUUCAAAUCUGUUCUGUUAAUGAACCAGUUACUGUUAGGCCCCAAAACCUUUUUCUUUUUGACUCUUCCUGUAAGUUCCUCUUGAAUGGUGAAAAGUGGUUCUUGUCAGUUUGUGCGACACUGCCAUCUGCUGCUGAGAAGUGAUAGGUAUUGUUUUGGAGAGCUUGGCAGUAGAAGCCUUGUCAAAGAAACAGCAGAUGUUGAGAAAGCCUGUAAAGCAUUACAUAGUAAAUGGCAAAGGAGCAUUCGAGCAGGGAAAAGAAUAAGCAAACCUGUGGCCCGACAUCCACCCUUAGACUUUUAAAUGAGAAAGCCUAAUCGAUGCUCUUAACUAACAAAGACUUUGAAAUUUUGAACUGUGCCUUGCCCUUUAAAAAAAUAAAACUGCUCUUUUAUUCUGAAAAUUGUCAAGGUAGGAUAAAAGAGAGUAUUUUAUUUUGUUGGUAUUUUUGUUCCAAAGUGCAAUGCUAAACUUAAGCUUUAUAGAACUGAAAUUCAAAUCCCCUUUCUGUGACUCAUGCCAAAAAUAUCAACGUUGGAAACCCAUGUUUUUGGUUUAGAAGUUAAUUGAUACUACACUAUGAUUUAAGAUACAAGAGAGUAUUUGCCUUUGAUGGAAGGUUAGUAUGAGCAAAUCAGCUUUAAAAACAAGGGACAUUAUCUGUUUCCCUCCAUUUGCAGCCUAUUAUUCAAACUAAUUUGUGUAAUUUAAAUGAGAAUAAUACAGUUCAAUAAACUUUAUUUAUACCUAUUGUCAUGAACCCCUAUCAAAGCCCUUUAUCUGUUUGUCUAAUGGAAAGAGGCAUGUGGGAUUUAUACAGAUUCACUUGUGCUGAAUUGGAGAAUUUUGUGUAAAUUUUCUGCAAUAAAGGCUAGCAGAAACCA